CCAGCUCGUCUAUGUUCUCCAACGGCUAUGCACCUGGAUAUGCCAAGCUCAACAGGAGAGGAGGUGCUGGUGGUUGGUCUCCUCUGGACAGUGACCAUUACCAGUGGCUACAGGUGGACCUUGGUUCCAGAAAGCAAGUCAGAGCCAUAGCAACUCAGGGUCGCUACAGCAGCUCCGAUUGGACAACGCGUUACCGCCUCCUCUACAGCGACACUGGAAGGAACUGGAAACCAUAUCACCAAGACGGCAACAUUUGGGCCUUCUCCGGGAACUCCAACUCGGAGAGCUCCGUUCGCCACGAGCUGCAGCAGGGCAUCGUGGCGCGCUUCCUGAGGCUCGUCCCUCUGGACUGGAGCGAGGAGGGACGGAUUGGUCUGCGCAUAGAAGUUUAUGGCUGCUCCUACUGGGCGGGCGUGAUCAACUUUGAUGGACAGGGUGUAAUCUCAUAUCGUUUUAAGGUGAAAAAGAUGAAGAUCAUUAAGGAUGUGAUUGCUCUGAGGUUCAAGACGUCCGAGAGUGAGGGUGUGAUUCUUCAUGGGGAGGGCCAACAGGGAGACUACAUCACCCUGGAGCUCCGCAAGGCCAAGCUGCUGCUGCAGAUAAACCUGGGCAGUAAUCAGUAUGGUUCGAUCCUGGGUCAUACUUCUGUGACCACCGGCAGCCUCCUGGAUGACAAUCACUGGCACUCGGUGGUGAUCGAACGUUAUCGGCGUAAUAUCAACUUCACCUUGGACAGACACACUCAGCACUUCAGGACCAAUGGAGAGUUUGACCACCUUGAUUUAGACUAUGAGUUGAGUUUUGGGGGGAUGCCGUACAGCGGGAAGCCAGUGGGCGCUGGGAGGAAGAACUUUAAAGGCUGCAUGGAGAGUAUCAACUACAAUGGAGACAACAUCACAGACCUGGCCCGUCGAAAGAAGCUGGACACCUCCAGCUUUCGUAACCUGUCCUUCUCCUGUGUGGAGACCCACACCUUCCCAGUCUUUUUUAAUGCCACCAGCUUCCUGCAGCUGCCGGGCCGAGCCAAUCACAACACUAUAUCUGUGAGCUUCCAGUUCCGUACGUGGAACCCUGACGGGCUCCUCUUCUUCAGUAAUCUUGAUGACGGCACGCUGGAGAUCUCCCUCGAGGACAGCAAGGUUGCAGUUUACAUCAACGUAACAAAGGAAACCAGAAACAACCGGGUCGACUUAUCGUCAGGUUCAAGCCUUAACGACGGCCAAUGGCACACAAUACGUUUGGUCGCCAAGGAGAACUUUGCUAUGUUGACACUAGAUGGCGAGGAGGCAUCUGCUGUGCACUCUACCUCACCUCUCACCAUCACCACAGGAGGAACCUAUCACUUGGGAGGUAAGAAUCACCCCAAGAACAUCGCGACUACGCUGUUCCCCCCCUCCCAGCGUACCUUCCAGGGCUGCAUGCAAGCGAUCUUGGUUGACGACCAACCCGCUGAUUUGCACGUGGUGGAAAAAGGCACUAUGGGAGCCUUUGAGAACGUCAGCCUAGACAUGUGUGCAAUCAUAGACAGGUGUAUGCCGAACCACUGUGAGCACGGCGGCCGAUGUAAACAGACUUGGGACAGUUUCAGCUGUACCUGUGAAGGAACAGGAUACACUGGAGCCACCUGCCACACUUCUAUCUAUGAGCCAUCAUGUGAGGCCUAUAAGCAUCUUGGCAGGUCCUCUGACACCUACUGGAUCGACCCUGAUGGCAGCGGACCCCUCGGCCCUUUCAAAGUCAAUUGCAACAUGACAGAGGACAAAGUGUGGACAACAGUUAUGAACAACCUGCCACCCAAAAUUGCAGUGACUGGCUCCAGUAGAGAGAGACGCACCGUCUUACAGGUUAACUACAGUGCCUCUAUGGAACAGGUGACAGCCAUCACCGCCAGUGCGGAAUUCUGUGAGCAGCAAAUCGCCUACAGCUGUCGCAUGUCCAGACUGCUCAACACUCCAGAUGGGACCCCCUACACGUGGUGGUUGGGUCGGGGCAGCGAGAAGCACUUCUACUGGGGAGGCUCAGGACCAGGCAUCCAGAAGUGUGCCUGUGGCAUCGACAGGAACUGCACUGACCUCAAGUAUGACUGCAACUGUGAUGCUGACCACAAACAAUGGAGAGAAGAUUCUGGCCUCCUGAUAUACAAGGAACACCUGCCAGUCAGCCAGGUGGCCGUGGGUGACACCAACAGACCAGGCUCGGAAGCCAAGCUGACUGUUGGACCACUCCGUUGCCAAGGAGACGAUAACUAUUGGAAUGCUGCUUCCUUCCCUACCCCGUCUUCCUACCUGCACUUCGCCACCUUCCAGGGUGAGACCAGCGCCGACAUCUCCUUCUACUUCAAGACCAGCGCGCCUGCCGGCGUCUUUCUGGAAAAUCUGGGCAACACCGACUUUAUUCGCUUGGAGCUCAAAUCUCCUAAAGUCAUCUCCUUCUCCUUCGAUGUGGGAAACGGACCUGUGGAGUUGACAGUGCAUUCGGCCACGCCCCUCAAUGACGACCAAUGGCAUCGCGUGAUGGCCGAGCGAAACGUCAAAGAGUCGGUCCUUCAGCUGGAUCAGACAUAUCGGGCAUCUCAGCUGGCUCCUGCUCAGGGGCACACGCGGCUGGAGCUGUUCAGUCAACUUUACGUGGGUGCUGCAGGGGGGCAGAGGGGGUUCCUGGGCUGUAUCCGAGCCCUACGGAUGAACGGCAUCACCCUCGACCUGGAGGAGAGGGCCAAGGUCACGCCGGGGGUCAUGCCCGGUUGCCAAGGCCACUGUACCAGUUUUGAGAUGUUCUGCCGAAACGGAGGGAAGUGUGUGGAGAGAUACAACGGCUACUUGUGUGACUGCACCGCCACUCCCUAUGACGGCCCGUUCUGCUCCAGAGAUGUUGGUGGUUUCUUUGAGGCAGGAACAUUGGUCAAGUACAACUUCAUGCCUGAAGCAGUAGCAGGAGCCAGCAGAGACACAAAGACCCUGACGCACCAGCUGACGCCUCAUGAAGUGAAUCUCACAAAGGAGGAAGUGUCCUUCAGUUUCAGCACCUCCAAUGCUCCAGCUAUUCUGAUGUAUGUCAGCUCCAAGACGCAGGAUUAUCUGGCUGUGGUUUUAAGGCAGAAUGGUUCACUACAGGUCCGCUAUAACCUGGGAGGUCUGAGGGAGCCAUUUUCUAUCGAUGUGGACCAACGGAACCUGGCCAACGGACACCCACACAGCAUUAACAUGUCCCGUGUCGACAGAAGCAUCACAAUCCAGUUGGAUCUUUACCCUCCAGUCAGCUACACUCUCCCAGUCGCCUCAGAUACACAGUUCAAUCUGGUUAAGACGCUGUUUUUGGGCAAAGUCUUCGAAACUGGACCCAUAGACCCGGUCCUCAUCGAGCGCUACAACACCCCGGGCUUUAUCGGGUGUCUUUCGCGGGUCCAGUUCAACGGCGCCGCCCCCCUCAAGUCUGCACUGAGAACCAUCGCACAGGCCCAGGCCGCACCGACAGCCGGUCAGACAGACAGACAAGCUGCCGCCGCCUCGCCGGUGUCUUACCAGGGCAAACUGGUGGAGUCCAACUGUGGGUCGUCACCUCCCACCAUCCCACCAAUGUCUGCUGGGACAGAUCCCUGGCAUCUGGACAACACAGAUGCAAAGUUCCCCUUCAACGAGGAGAGAGUGAUUCCUGAUGGAGUCAACAGAGACUCAGCCAUCAUCGGAGGUAUCAUCGCCGUGGUGAUCUUCACCAUCUUAUGUACUCUGGUGUUCCUGAUCCGCUACAUGUUCCGCCACAAAGGCACCUACCACACCAACGAGGCCAAGGGCAGCGGGGAGCCCACCGGAGAAUCGGCGGACACGGCCAUCAUCGGCACCGACAACCCAGAAACCAUCGACGAGUCCAAGAAGGAGUGGUUCAUCUAACAGCCAAUGGCGGGACUUUGAGAGAGAAAGUGAUUGGUCAGGCCACCGGGCGCCACAGAGAUGGAGGAGGUUUCAAUGACCAAUCACAGGAAAGAUGGAGGAAAGGAAAAAUGUUUCAGACAAUGACCUCCCAGUGGGUGUGGGAAAGACGUGUACAGAAAUAUCUUUCGUUUAUUUGUUUUGUUUUUGAUAUAUUCAGAGUAUUAGAAAGAGAAGAGGGACAGGUGUGCAGCAAAGAACUGCUCUAAGAGACGUGUAUAAACUAACUGGCUAGUCCUUCUUUGUAUUGUGCUUGGGAGUUUUCAGGAGUCCUUUGAAUACUGUAUAUGACAAAUAAUUAUACUUACUGGGUCGUGUGAUAGCACAGAUUUAUUUACAGUCUCUGUUGCAUUUUGAUUUUAUUUUUUAACAAAAAUCUUAUAUCAAAAAGGAUCAAAUCAACAUGCCGAACCCUUUUCUUCGUUACUUAUCAGGCUUGGGUGCACCAGUCUGUCAGCGCUCAUAUCCGUCAUGUGACAUGCCACUUAUAUUGUGGUAAUAUAGAGUUGAAUAUGGAUGCCAAAACUCAGUUUGUAAAUAUAAUAUUUUGUGUUUUUAGUUUGGGUUUUUUUCCGAAAGAUUUAUUUAGAGUCCAGUACAUAAAUACUAAUGAGAAAUGUCAGAUCUAUAUUACAAUAAUAUCAUAUGUCCGUCCAUUACAUUAUUUAUGUAUUAAAUAUAGAGUUUUAUGUUUAAAUCUUAUGACAUUCGAUUGUAUGGGACAUUCCUUUCUGAGGAAGAGCAGAGGGGGUUUCUCAGUGCAUGAUGGGAAAUCAUGACUCUCCAUGGUUGGUCCAGCUCAGCAUGGCAGCUUUCUUUUCAUUUUGAACGGGUCAAACCAUUCAAAAUAUACAACUUCCUUAGCAGUCCGUUUGUUUUUUGCCAAACACUUGAGUCUUAUGUCAGUUACUGAUUGGCUCAGAUUUUCUGCAUUAAAUGUCAGACUUUGAUUUGAGGAAUUAAUUGAAAUGACAUUAUAAUGAUGUGGGUUUGCAGCGUGUGCAUGCAUCUGUGUGUCAGAUGAAGAGUACUUGUUGAAGUGGACAGAAGGCGUGCCAUAAAAAUGACUUACGAAGGUCAUAUGGAUGAGAGCAAACAACUGGCCUGACACUAAGUUCUAUUGACGCACAACAACUUCAUACAUUCAGAGUCCCAAGCAGCAUCAAAUACAAAACAUCAUCAAACCUAAUAUUUGUUAAGACCUGGGAAAGGUUAAGAUGAUAAUUGGCUUGUUAAUCCAUUGUGCCUUCAAGGAACUGCCUUGAAUUUACGAGAAUAACGUGCCGCUGCUCCAUGAAUUCUCAUUAAUCAGAGUAUUCGGGCGUCUUUAUGUCUCCUGAUUUAAAUUGUGCUCAAUCAAAGCUUAACUUUGAAUUCAGAAUACUUUUCAGAAAUCCCGCUGAUUUCGCUCAAAUUGAAAACAAGUCUGACUUUCCAAAGCAUACCUGCUUGUGGGUUGCUAUGCAGCGGGAGAAGCUACAUCGACGAGAGGAGAGCUGCCCGCGAUACAACGCACACAAGAACCUCCUCCUCCCCUCUGUGACGCAGGCACACGCGCAAACAUGCAUGUUUAACAGAGCAUGGUCAAGGUCGUUGGUUUAAUUACAAGAGCAACGGGUUCAGAAUGAGGAGGCUGCUGCUUUGUCAACAAUGAAUGGAGCUUCCCUCUAACGGUGCCGCUGUGGGCCAACAUACAACCACCUAUAUCCUUCACCACGUUGUUUUCCCUGUCAUCGUUGCGCGUGUUCACCUCACCGUAACAUUUACAGAACAAUGUGAAACCAGCUGCCAACUUUGUUAUUUCGUUGUGAAUUUGCUUUCUCUAUGUCCGUCUGUUUAAAUCGCUGCCGUGGCGCCCUGUUGCAUGAAUGAUGUUGUGCACCGUUGUGGUUGAGCGCUAACUGUACAUCACUUCAUCAGAGACAGUGGGACAGCUUCGCCCGCGGCCUCACACACUUCCUCCGUUCACACAUCACAUCCAUGAAGGCAAAGCCGUUCAUUUCCUUUAGUUUAUCAUUAUAUUGCUCAGACUAUACAUGAGCACACACACACAUGCCCUUGAUAUGUGGUUUGAACAUAACGAUGUUAAUGGAUUAUCAGCUCCGAGUUGCUUUCAGUUCUAUUGAGUUCAUUAAAGAGUGUUUGAUCUUUAACAUGUGGGGUUUUUCUGCAUCACUUUCAUGUCAACAAAUAGAUAUCUUCACACAGCAUUAUGAAUCAGACAGUACACAAGACAUUUCAUGGACAUCUUGGACCUUCAGCCAUGUAAUAAUCAGAACAUCAGGCCUUUGAAUUUGACCCACAGCGACAUGGCACCACUCCCGUUUUCUAGCUUGCUGCAUUUCACCCCACCAGUCGACUCGACAGAGCAUCCUGGCCCUCGAGAAAGUGAACAUGCCUUGGAAUACAAAGACAGUUAAGCAGUGCAGAGAUCCAGUCCAUCAUCUAUUUUGAAGGAUGAGUUCUAUACAAACGACAUAGGUGCAAACGGGUUUGCCAUUUUAAGUAUAAUAAUAUAUCAACAAAGUAUUGUAUUUGGUGUUAGUUAUCCACCUGAGACAGAGUCACGGAUGGAAUUAAUCACAACUACACAUCGUAUCCAUUGCAUCCCUGUAUGAAGCAGUUUGAGUGCUCGAUGCAUCACAUGCAGGGAGAUGAGACGAGUUGUAUCCGGUGUGUCUGGGACUGGGCAGAGGCUGUCCCCUUGUGGUCAGGUGGUGCAGUUUCUUUCAAACGUGAUUUAAGGAAAACAGCAUUCAGUGAAAGGAAUACUUUGCUUAUCCCUGUAAGAGUAUUUAUAUGCAGCCGAUCACAACCAGCUCAGGUACCACCUCAGUAGAUUAGAGAAGAAAGAGAGAAACAAAUUAUAUUAAUCUAAACACUAUUAGCAACCACGUGGUAUACGUUUAAAGACUAAUAUGCUGUUUGGUAUUAGUAGAAAAUUACAAACGUUUAAAGAAAAAGUAUUAAACUCAAAACAAGCUCAAAACAGCAUUUAAUGGCCAACGAGGAGCUGAGCAGACGGCCAGCACCAUGGGGUACGAGUAGCUACUGCUGUACGUGCUGUGACUGCUGUCGAACAUUACAUGUGCUUAUGGUUAUCCGCAGUGUUGGUCAGAUAUUAGACUCCAGUGGUCUGACCACAGCUUGAAGCUGAUCUACGAUGAGACGUCACACACCAUAAACUCCAGAUCUUCCACUGCUGCCUCUCGCAGUGCAUUCCUUUGGCAGCCUCACAACGUCGAACUUGGCGCCUACAUUACCCACAGUGCAACGCGAUCAUCGCCAAUCCGGUCGUUAGAUUCAGGUCAAGAUUCAGCCCGGAAUGACGCGAUGAGCUGAGUAUCUGUAGAUUUUAAGUGUAAAAGCUGAUAGUUCAGUAACAUUACUCCUGUAUCACACAGAUCAGUCAUGUCUAAUAACAUCUGUGUUUACCCAAGACAUUCUUAACUGGGCCAGUGUAUUUUGCAAACCCAUAUAUGUGCAUGACUAAUCCUCUAACUCUGUUUCUCAUCUUGUGUCUGUUACUCAGCCCAAAGGGCAGGAUGUUACAUCCACUCGUCUGACUUUCAGAAGCUCAACACUUGAAUUUAUGAUGCAGUUUUUAUUUCUGCCAACAACACAAAACCAGGCUGAACAGUGAAAGAUUCAUUCUGGGUUUUUUUCCGGUUUUGAGUUUCUAACAAAACAGUAGAACAGGCCUUUUUAAGCAUUCCCUUUGUUUCAACAUCAGCCCUUUUUGGUUCCACUCUGAUGCCACAGUCAAUGUGUGAGUUGUAAUGAGUCCUGAACUACGAUCAGGAUUAGUCUUUGGUAUGCAGCAGGGACAGAAUAAAAUGCUGAAUGUGUAGCUUUGAGAGGAUGCAAAUAUCAGUGAGCAGGAAAAAUGAGAUUCCUCUGAGAAGAAAUCCUGGGACAGCAAGAGAUGAAGGAUGGCAAAUAGCGGGGGACC